GUGGUGAGAGGUAGCCCUGGGUCAGGCCCAGGACUCGGCCAGGCACUCAUCCUGGGAGCAUCUCUGUCCAGCCAGCUGGCAGGUGGAAGACCUCAGGGACUCCCAUUUCCUGGCCUGGAAAAGGUAGGGCACUGCCUGGGGGCCAAGUGUGGGCAGCCGUAGGGGGAUGAACAACAUGCACCCUCUCCGUGGGCCCGGGGUGUCAGGCUCAAGAGAGGCAGGCAGGGAACACCAGGUCCUGAACCUGGCAGGACUGCUCUCCUGUUCUCGGGAUCAAACGGGAUGGUGGGGGAGGUAGGGGCCCCCAGGGCUGCUCAGGCCAGCUGGUGAGCAGGAAGGGAAGGGAAGGGAGUGCACCGGGGACCUUCCCCAGCAGCUGGGGCUCCUCAGGCUAUGCUGGUGCGGCCAGCCCACGCCAGCCCACCAGCUGUGGUGUGUCCGGAGGCCGGCCUCAGAUGGUUCGGGCCUGGCAGGAGGCUGGGGAGGCUUACCCCGCACACAUGGGCAGAUGCACUGGGGUGGGUACACCUGCCGCUGAGCGCCCUGCUCCUGACCCAGCCUGGGUUUCCUUCCCACAAACCCUCAUGGGGGCCUGCUAGACCCCAGGUCCUCAGCUCUGGGCCCCAGGGGUCACCGGGAGCAGACCAGAGCCCUGUUGUCCAGGAGCGGCCCCCCGUGUGCCACAGAUGUUGUGAGUGAGUUGUCUGGGCAGCCCAGGCAGGAGUGGGGUGCAGGCAGGUGGCCCUGGGCAGGGUGCCAGGCUGGGCGGUGGCAGUUUGGGGAGGGGUAGAGGCCCCAUGCACAGCAAUGGUGGCCCCAGGCCGGCCUGCAGCAUCACGGAGCCCCAAGGGGUGCUCUCGCGGGUUCCAGCCCUCUCCCCACGCUCAGGGCUCCCCGCAGACCUCCCUGUUGUGUCUGCUCUGGGAAACCCCCACGAGUCCCUCCGCAGAUCCGGCCCCCCCGUGGGAGGAGGACCCUCACUGAAAGCAGGGACUGCAGAGAAUGCUUGCUGGCCCCACCAGCCUCCCCAGUUCAUCCCACCUCUGCCUCUGCCAGCCUGCCCCGGGCCUGAGGGGCGCUCUUGUGCGUAAGCGGGGGUGAGUUAGGCGAGUGCGCAGAUGCGUGCAAGGUCAGGGUCUGAACAUGGACGGCGCUGGUGCUGGCAGGCUGAGCACCCUGUGAGGGUGGAGCUCCCUGGGGCAGACCUUGCAGGCUGAGUGCGGAGCAGGAGGGGGCCUGAAGGGGGCCCUGCUGGGGGACCCAGGGGCAGCUGUUGUCCACCCUGAGUGCAAGACUGACUGGUGUGCCCGGGAGCUGCACGGGGUGGGAGGGUGGGGGCAGGGGAGACUGUGGGGUCGCCUGUGGCCCAGCCAAAAUUCAGGGCCAAGCUGACAUUGGGGUGCUUGUCAGCACUCUAGGUUCUGGUUCCCCCAGGAUCCCACGGAGGGAUCCCUUGCAGAUCAGGUGAGCUGAGCAUGCUUGGGGGGGGGGGGGUCCUGGUAAGGGCCUGGCAGCCCCUCCUUGGGGCGGAAGCUCAGCCUGCCCUGGAGUGGUUCCUGGGAGGAAGCAGGGCCAGGGAUGGGAAGGAAAUGGCUGGGCAGGCCCUGGCCCUUCCCUCUGCACACCCGUCCACUCCCAGGACCUUUGUUCAGACCCAGGGGUGAGGGGAGCUCAAGUGCAGAGGCCACUCAUGAAUGCCCGCCAUCCUGCUGCCUGCUAGAGCCUACCACCCUCCUCCUGGCAGUCCAGCAGUCUCCCCUGAAGCCCUGGCUUCUCCUCCCAGAUCCUGGCCUGCAGCCUGGAAUCCUCCUCGCCCAUGAGUAUGAUCCCACCCACACUUGCUCUGACCGAGCUCUGGGUGAGCUGCUGUCUGAAAGGUGCUAAGGUUCCUGCAAACCAGGACCCCUACCCCACCACCCCAACCCUGCCAGAGGCCCAGCCCCACUGGCUGCCUACUGGCAGCACUGGACGGCCUUGAGUCAGCCCCUCAGCCCUCCUGGGGGUCAGGGUCGUCCCUGAGGCCUGCAGCUCAGAGGGAGUCAGCAGAGGGAGGGGGAGCUACGUGGAGGGGGCUGCACACUGUUUUGGAUUCCCUUUCCUUCCCCUUUUAUUCACGUAACCUUGCCUAUCAGUGCGUACUUGGGUCAGACCCUGUAACCCAGUCUGUAAUACUGUGUUGCUCUGCUGUAACUCCAGCAGGUGUGGCUUCAGACACGGGGAGCUUCUGCAAGGUGCUGCCAUGUCCCUCACUGUGUGCACACAUGCAAGCAGGGAGAGGCCCCAGCUGCAUAAAGACGAGCUUCCCCAGAGCCGCCCCCCGGCCUCGGCUGCUCCAUCCCACACCUGCCCACGCUGCCUCCUGGGCCCAGAAGGAGGGGAUCAGAAGCAGCAGGCACUCAGGGGGCUCCUAUCCCCAAACCAUCCCAAAGCAGGUCCCGUCCCCCGCCCCUAUGACCAACAUGAGCUGGAGCUUCCUGACGCGGCUGCUGGAGGAGAUCCACAACCACUCCACGUUCGUGGGCAAGGUGUGGCUCACCGUGCUGGUGGUCUUCCGCAUCGUGCUCACGGCCGUGGGCGGGGAGUCCAUCUACUCAGACGAGCAGACCAAAUUCACGUGCAACACGCGGCAGCCGGGCUGCGACAACGUGUGCUACGACGCCUUCGCGCCCCUGUCGCACGUGCGCUUCUGGGUCUUCCAGAUCGUGGUCAUCUCCACGCCGUCCGUCAUGUACCUGGGCUACGCCGUGCACCGCCUGGCGCGCGCCUCGGAGGACGAGCGCCGCCGCGCGCCUCGCCGCCGCCCCGGCCCUGGCCGCCGCCCGGCCCGUGCGCCUCUGCCACUGCCCCCGCCGCCGCACCCCGGCUGGCCCGAGACCGCCGGCCUGGGCGAGGAGGAGCCCAUGCUGGGCCUGGGCGAGGAGGACGAGGACGCGGGGGUGGCCGAUGGCUUAGGCGAAGAGGCCCAGGCGGAGGACGCGGGCAUGGCCAAGGGCGCGGGCACUGACGGCAAGGCGUCGGGGGUCCCGGGUCCAGUCGGGCAGCACGACGGGCGGCGGCGCAUCCAGCGCGAGGGCCUGAUGCGCGUGUACGUGGCCCAGCUGGUGGCGCGGGCUGCCUUCGAGGUGGCCUUCCUGGUGGGCCAGUACCUGCUGUACGGCUUCGAGGUGCGGCCCUUCUUCGCUUGCAGCCGCCAGCCCUGCCCGCACGUGGUCGACUGCUUCGUGUCGCGGCCCACGGAGAAGACCAUCUUCCUGCUGGUCAUGUACGUGGUCAGCUGCCUCUGCCUGCUGCUCAACCUGUGUGAGAUGGCGCACCUGGGCCUGGGCAGCGCGCAGGACGCGGUGCGCGGCCGCCGGCCACCAGCUGGCCCCCCGGGCCCCGCGCCGCGCGCGCCGCCCUGCACGCUGCCCGCCUCUCCCGCAGGCCUAGCCUGCCCGCCAGACUACAGCCUGGUGGUGCGCGCAGCUGGGCGCGCACACUCGCACGACCAGGACCUGGCCAGCCUGGCGCUGCAGGCGCUGCGGGACGGGCACGCGAUGGGAGACCGCGACAGCCCGCCGUGCCCCGGCCUCCCCGCGGCUGCCCGGGGGCCCCCACGGGCUGGCGCCCCCGCCUCCGGCUCGGGCAGCGCCACGUCGGGGGGCACGGGCCCGGGCGGGGGCCAGGCCAGGCCAGGCGCCAAGCCCAGGUCUGGCUCAGAGAAGGGCAGUGCCAGCAGCAGGGAGGGCAAGACCACCGUGUGGAUCUGACGGCCCCGCGCUGACGUGGCCUGUCCUCCCUCCAGGCCGAGGCUGGGGUGGGGGGUUGUGGGGGAAGGCCCAGGGCUGGGCGCUCAGGGCUCUCUUUUUCCUCCUCUUCCCUCUCCCCUCCCCCUCCUCCCCCUCUCUCCCCUUUCUCCUCCUCAGCUGCCCACACUCUCGGGAGGGGAGGGGGGAGCGGGGAAGGCAUUGCCCGCUGGACACCGGCCCCUCCCUGCAUGAGUCCUGGCUCUGUCCAGGGUAGGAUCUGCAAGAGCCCCCAGCUCGGAUCCCUGAAGGUGGAAGAUGUGGAUAGGACCUCCCACCCCCAGGGCCUGGCCUAGCCGCGCCAGGUGUGGGGGGCGGUGCUGGGUCCUCUCCCUGGAGACCCUCUGGGCUCUCUGGCUGGCUCCGCUGGGUCAGGACAAGAGAUCUCCUCCCCUGCAGCAGCUCACAGAGGUCACCGGGGGUGCCUGGCUUGAGGAACUGGGGGCACUGUGCUGGGUCCCUACUCUCUGAGGCAGCAAAGGGGGCUCACUCCCCGCACCCCCACCCCAACCGCACUUCGUGUUUUGUGCACAGCUGGAAGCAAUCCUAGGUCUUUCUUGUACAGAAGAGAAACUGAGGUUGGAUGGGCCUGGCCCCUACUGGGCCCCGUGCUCUCCAUUCCCCACCUAGACAGCUGGACAGAGGCCCUGGGGUGGACAGAUCACACCCUCUGGAGCCCCUCCCCUGGGACAUCAUGGAAGUCCCGCAAAGAUGUUGGUUCACAUUCUGCCGGGUCAUGCUUUGGCACUGGCCAUUUUGGGGGAAGGGGUUCUGGGGCUCCUACCUACCCCUUCUCUGGCCUCCAGCCCCCUCCCUAAUUCAUACACAGUGUCCAAAACCAAGGAAGCCAAAUAAAACUAACUUUU